UAAACAAAAGGAGUGUUAAAUAAUGUGCAAGUUCGCAACACUGUCAGCGCUUCUAUCGAUUUCAAGUGAACUCGAUUUCGUUAUCUGUAUGUCACAUGUUUGAGACGAACCUUUGAGUCAAACUCGAACACGGAUCGAACGCAUGUUUAUCGGCUCUUUUUCUGAAAUAUUUUUGCCUUUGCAGAAGCAGCUUGUUUUCGUGAUCGAAAUUGCUAAGCGAACGGACGUGUCGGAUGCUCUGUGCACGCAAGACGAAAAAAUUAAAUUCGAAAUUCGACGCGAAGUAUAUAAAUAUUAGGGAGCAAUUGUCACAAAAUAAAGCAGCCAUUAUAACAACAACAACUACUACAAGAAAAACGUUGAAGCAGUGCAACUAAAAUAUAAAAAUUAAUGUCAAAUAAUUAAUAAAAAUACAAACGCAAUAAAUAACAAGAGAAAGAGAGAGGAAAGGAACAACAAAGUUAAAGCAAAUUGUUUUUGUUGUUGCGGUAAGAAGCAGCAGAAAAAGAAGAACGUUGCGUGGGUACAAAGGUACAAUAAAAACAAAAACAACAACACGAUGUCUGCAACAAUUGUACAAAAAUCAACAAGUGGAAAUAUUGUUGGCAAAUCACAAUAUUUCGAUUGCUACGACAUUUUGCAAACGGUUGUCAGCGAUCUGCAGCCGGCGCAGCAGCAUCAACUCCAGCAGCAGCCGUCAACACAGGAUCACAUCCUGGACGCCAGCAUGGAUCAACAGCAGCCAGGACUAAGCGCAGCCGACAAGGAGCAGCUCCAACAGCACAAUCAGCACAAUCAUCGCCUACAUGGCGCUCUCACUCGCACCAUCUCACAGCCAGCUCAACGCCAACAGCAGCCCCAGCAGCAGCAGCAGCAACAGCAACAGGUGGGCGCUGGUCCUUUCAAUCCCUUGGUGGCCAUUAUCGAAAACUUGGGCAGCAUGAAUCUGCAUCGCAAGCUGGAGCGCACACAGUCUGAGCCUUUGCCGCCGCAGCAGCCAAUGAAUACCUCACGGCAUUGCAGUUAUAAGACGGAGCUGUGUCGCCCCUACGAGGAGGCGGGCGAAUGUAAAUACGGAGAGAAAUGUCAGUUCGCUCAUGGAUAUCACGAGCUGCGCAACUUGCAGCGUCAUCCCAAGUACAAGACCGAAUACUGUCGCACUUUCCACAGCGUCGGCUUCUGUCCCUAUGGAGCGCGUUGCCACUUCGUGCACAAUGCGGACGAGGCGCGUGCUCAGCAGCAGCAGCAGCAACAACAGCAGCAGCAGCAGCAGCAGCAACAGGCCGCCGCGCAAGCCAAGCGACCCACACAGUUGAGCAACGGCACCAACAAUAGCAGCAGCAACAACAACAACAAUAAUAAUAAUAAUAGUCAAUACUUUUUGCCACUGAGUCCACCACUGAGCAUGAGCACUGGCUCGGAUCGUGAAUCGCCCACUGGAUCGCUGUCGCUGUCGCCGACAAAUUCGUUAACAAAUUUUCCAUUCAAUGAUGCCACAGCCACGGCUUACAUGCAUUUGGCCAAUGCCAGUAACAACAACAACAACAAUAGUGCAACUAUGAAUGCUGGAAAUUCAGGCGGUGGCGGCAACUCGUCCUCCGCCUCAUCGACUUCAUCGGCUUGCGGCUUGGCGCCUGCCAACGCCGACACGCCAAAUGCGCCCUUUCGCGUGCAUACGCCGCCGCCCAGCUACGAGUGCCACGCCCACGAGGCCAAGCAGCUGCUGCAGAAGAGCAUUAGCUCACCCAUGUCCAUGUCGAUGUCGAUGCAUCACUAUCAUCAGCAGUCGCAGUUGCAGCAGCAGCAGCAGCAGCAGCAACAUCAUCUUCAGCAGCAGCAGCAGCAGCAGCAACAUGAGGAGGCGCCUCGCUUGCCCGUCUUCAAUCGACUGAGCUCCGCCGUGGAGGCUUACCAGCAGCACUCAAAUCUAGGACUUUAGGACCUACAACCACCACCACAACAACAACAACAACAACUGACAAAACAAAUCUCAAAUCUUAGCUCCCCUUAACUUCCACCCCUCCCUCCCCUCCAUCCCUCCCACUCUAAAUGCGCACCCACUUCUUAGCUUGAAGCUCUCUUUCUUGCGCCUCACAUCAAAACUUUGAUUUUGGCAACGAUUUUGCUCAAAAUUCUCUAGACUAAAUUUAAUUUAAAAAAAAAAAAACCCAACAAACAUUAUCGAGAACACUUGCAUUUAACUAUCGAUAUUAUCGACAAACAGAUCCAAGCUCCUAAACUCUUCCUACUCCUUUAUACACUUAAACAGACCCCGUCAUAUUUAUAUAAAAUUAUUAGUCUUUUAUAUACACACACUUAUAUAUAUAUAUUUAU